CCUGGCUCGAUGCUAGCACCAGCGUGCUGCAGGCUUGUCAUACUGGGCCGCUAGCAGCUCAGCUGUUGUGUAGCGCCCCCUUUUUGGGCCUGUAUGAAUGCUGUAUGAUUCAUCAUGCAUUUUCGGGUAGAUGGUAGGCCUACUGCUACAGUCUGUACAUGCCGCCACACAGAGACAGAGCCGCGCGAGACAUUCGAGCUCAGCUCAGCCGCCGUCCAUCCACCAGGUCGCGGCCCCUCCUCGCGAGACGUCCGUCGCGGCGCCUUGCAGGGAUCAUGGCCUUGUUUGCGCUGCGCUGCCUUUCGAAGAUCCAGGCGCCGAUCAUCCAGAAACCAACGCCUUGUCCCAACGUCAUUCGCUGUCUGGCUUCCCUGCCGAUUUCUCUGCUCCCCCUCGUUUUGCGAGGGUGCACUGCCUCCUUGCUUGUGCAUGGAGGAGCUGCAUUUAGCAGCACCUUGGGCCUAUGCUGUGGAGGAGGGGCUGGUUUGUAUGGAUGGAGGUAUGCAUGGAAGUAGAAGUGGAAGAAUGGAGCGAGUCCAGAUAGUUCAGGCACUCAACCCAACUGAGACCUAGCAGGCAGUACCCUGGCUGGAAACAAAAGUACUGUGCCCAAGGUACCUGGCAUGGCUUGCAGCAGAAUGUACCUUGGUAUCACUUGCUUGUACUGUCGCAUGCCUUGGUAGUAGCAGUGCUGCUGUACAGUAGUAUCAUCAUUGUUUCCCCUUGUCCAGUCGCUGCAACUGCCAUCCUCUGGAGCCCCCUGUGUUUUACAGCCAUGCUCCCGCAAGCAAGGCUUCGUCACGCAUUGGCUGUGCCGCGC